AUGGUGCUGUGGUUGGAGCAGCUGAGGGACAGGACUCCGGCCUCAGAGGUUCGCUUGUUGCAGGACAUCUCCAAGAUCCUGGCAGCCACGCAGUUCUCGGCGGACGCCACACUGGACGCAGUUAAGUAUGCGUCUCGGGCAAUGUCAUCCUCAGUGGCGUCUAGGUGCCUGUUGUGGUUACGCCAUUGGCAGGCAGAGUCAUGGAUGAAGUGGCACCUAACAGGAGCAGACUACACCGGUGAUAAGCUGUUUGGAACUGUGCUGGAUCCUACCCUGGUGGAGGAUAAGAACAAGCGGAAGGUCUUACCAGCAACUACCAGAUGCUCAGACUUCCGGCAUGCACCAUAUCCCAGGAGAUCCUCGUACAGGCCGCCUGAUGUGGAGACCCAGAACCAGAGGUACCAGAACCCCAGGUUCCACAGGCAGGGGGAUAGGCAGUUCCAUAGGGACAGGUUCAGAGGCCAGCAGCAGGCCAAGCGGCUCUUUCGAGGAGGAGGCGGCUGCCCCUUCCAUCCGGCCAAGUGGGCCCUGAAGGCCAAGGCCAUCAAACAACUGUUAGAGAUCAGCGCCAUUGAAAGGGUCCCAGAGGGGGAGAAGGGCUCCGGUUUCUACUCAAAUCUUUUCCUAGUCCCCAAGAGUUCUGUGGAGUGGAGAGCCAUCCUGGAUCUUAAAGUCCUCAAUUCCAGGGUGGUCUACUGCAAAUUCAAGAUGGCCUCCUUAAAAUCCAUCUUAGAGGGCAUCCAUGAUAUCCUCAUCUUAGCUAGCUCCCCAGAAACUGCCAAGCAGGACUUGGGAAUCACCAUCGACACCCUCAGGGCCCUGGGAUUCUCCAUUAAUUUGGAGAAGAGCCACCUGGUCCCAUCCACCAGACUCCAGCCUCUAGGAUCCAUUAUAGAUUCAGUUGCUGGGGAGGUCUUCCUUUUCCAAGAUCGAAAGGACAGCAUUGUACAACUGGUUCAUGAAGUUCGCAAGUUAUGCUCUGUCCCUAGAGCCGGGACAAGCAACGCCAGCUUCAAGGUUCGGGUGUCACCCCAGGUGCUGCUCUCGCUCUGUUGGUGGCUGUCCCCAACAUUGAACAAGGGAUGCCUCUUCAGAGAGCCAGGAAGAAAGAUCCUCACCACAGAUGCAAGCCUCUUCGGCUGGGGAGCUCACCUGGAGACCCAGAUUGCCCAGGGCCGCUGGACUCCAACAGACCUGUGCAACAACAUAAACUGGUUGGAACUCAGGGCCAUCCACCUGGCCCUUCGUCACUUCAAGAGCACGGUGACCGGUCAUCAUGUCCUCAUCCUGACCAACAACGUGACGGCCAAGGCCCAUGUUCUGGACUUCCUCCAGGAAGGUCUAGAGAAGGGUUUAUCCCCUAGCACCCUUAGAAGACAGGUCUCCGACCUCUCUACGGUCCUGGGGGUGGUGGUGAAUGCUCUCCCCUUAUCCCAGCACCUGGUCCUAAGACGCUUCCUCAAGGGGGCAGUGAAUCUGAAACCCCCAGUGGUCCAUCGAUUUCCCACCUGGGACCUACCCACGGUCCUCCAGGCCUUGACGGAGGCACCAUUUGAACCUUUGAGGGAGAUCUCUCUCCAGUUUCUGACCCUUAAGAUCGUCUUCCUGGUUGUCAUCACCUCAGCCAGGAGAGUAUCUGAGAUCAACGCUCUCUCCAGCAGAGCGGAUCUCUGCACCUUUCUAGAGAACUGGGUCAUCCUCAGACUGGACCCUGCGUUGAUGCCCAAGGUCAAUUCCCCGUUCCAGAGGGCCCUAGAGAUAGAGCUCAGAGAAGCACAAAAGAUAAUCACGGGAGCCUCAUGUGUGGGUUAUAGCUUAUCUGGUAACUUACAUAUCCAGAACAGAUUUUACCAUACUGCUCAUUCUCUUUGCAGACAGUACUACUGGUAUGAUGAACGAGGAAAGAAGAUCAAAUGUACAGCCCCACAAUAUGUUGACUUUGUCAUGAGUUCAGUGCAGAAGUUAGUGACGGAUGAGGAUGUCUUUCCUACUAAAUAUGGCAAAGAAUUCCCAAACUCAUUUGAAUCCCUAGUGAAGAAGAUCUGCAAGUAUCUGUUCCAUGUGCUAGCCCACAUCUAUUCGUCACACUUCAAGGAAACUCUGGCACUGGAAUUGCAUGGACAUUUGAACACACUCUACGUACACUUCAUCCUUUUCAUCCGGGAGUUUAAUCUGGUGGACCCUAAAGAAACAACCAUCAUGGAUGACCUCACAGAGAUCCUCUGCAGCAGCAGUGGGAGUAGUAGUAGUAACGGAAAUGGAAAUGGCAGUGGUGGCGGCGGCAGCGGCAGCAGCAGUAGUAGUAGUGCAGUAGCACAGAACCACGUGAAGGAGAGAUGAGUCUUCCCAACCAGAGCAAAACCAACGCUUAAAAAAGGAAAUUACUCUCUAUUCUCGGAUGUAUGCAUAUGUAUAUGUGCUUAUGUGUGUGUGUGUAUGUGUAUAUAAUAUAUAUAUACACAUACACAUACACAACCAAGACAGCUUGAGCAAUUAUGCUGCCACCACAGGACAUGUAGACACAAGGGACUGUAUGGAGUUUUGGUUAAAUGCAUCAUCCUUGGCAAGACGUUGCACCAGUUCUGUGGGGAUUUUUUUUUCCUUCCCUCCAUUUCUCUCCUGUUCCUCCCUUAUCCAAUGGAUUAUGAGUGCUGUUUUUAAGAGACGAACCACAUUUUUUGAGUUGGGCUACUGCUUUUGUGUUCCCCCUUUUCCCCCAUUCUGCCCACUUCCUUUUGGGAAGUGGUCCUUGUCUUUGAAUGCAAGCUCCCUUUUUAUCUGUCUCAUUUCCACUCUAAGAUGGUGGUACUGCCAUUUCUUUUUUUAAAAAAAGUUGUAAACCGUGACUUAACAUGUAAAGUGGCUUACAUGGGGGGCACAUUGAGACUUGUCUUUGUUUUUACUUCAGUUGACCCUUUUCCUUCCCUUCCCUCAGACCUUUUGCAUCAACCCUUCAUUGGGUUUUAACAGGGAGGAAAAUUGUUUUGGCCCAACUAAAGUAGCAAUAAGGCUUCCAGUGCACUUAAGGAAGGUGGUUCCCUGAUCUCCUUGGCCUCAACGUGUGGAUCCUGAAAGCACCCACAAAAGUUCUGGUAUUUUUAGAGAGAAAUGCCAGAAGAUAUACUAGCCAGGGGAGGAAUCCCACCCUGUGGUAAAAGCCAUGACUGCUUCUUCUUCGCCAAAGGGGGCCUGAGACAGGAUGGGAAGGGGGCACACAGUCUGCCAUCACUAUGCUAAGAGAGAUGGCUGUUGGCAUAUAAUUAUGUUGUUGGCUUAUUUUAGUUCAUCUGUCCAAUAAUAAUAAUAAUAAUAAAAAUUCUAUCAGA